AUUUCCCAUAAUGCAGUCGGGGCGGCUCGUUUCCGGUCCUGCGCCGUUUCUGGAGCGGAUUGGAACCCGGAGUCAGGAUUUGGUAAAUGAAGGGGUUUUGCAGAAAAGGUUGGCAUAAUGGCUGAACAGACACCAGAUGAGUUCAUCUGGUGCGAGGACUGUGGCCAGUACCAUGACUCUGAGUGUCCUGAACUUGGGCCGGUGGUGACUGUCCAGGACUCCUUCGUCCUCAGCCGAGCUCGCUCGUCUCUUCCAGACAGCCUGGAGAUCAGAGAGGUGGGAAAUGGCGAGGAGGGGGUGUUUGUCCUGCACCGGCUGGUCAAGAGGACUCGGUUUGGGCCCUUUGAAGCAAAGAGGGUUCCCCACCUGGAGAAGGAAGGAGCGUUCCCCCUGAAGAUCUUCAAGAAGGACGGUGUGGUGGUGUGUUUUGACUCCAGCAGUGAGGAGGACUGUAACUGGAUGAUGCUGGUGCGACCUGCCAGUGACCACAAGCAUCAGAAUCUGACGGCUUACCAGCAGGAUGACGAAGUGUUCUUCAACACCUCCCAGGAUGUGCUGCCAGGAACAGAGCUGAGAGUCUGGUAUGGAGCGUUCUACGCCAAGAAGAUGGAGAAGCCCAUGUUGAAACCCCCACUUCAGCCACCGCUGCCUCCACCAGAUGUGACGGCUCCAUCUGCUAAAUCUGAGAUCUCAGAGAAAAGUGGAGCCCAGCUGCCUCCAGCGGCUGAAGACAGCAGCGCAGGCAACAUGCUGAGCCACCUCAACGAGGUAAAGACGGUAACGGUGCUUCCAGCAGAGCAACUCCUGCCCCAGGGGGAAUGCCUGGUUGGUCCUGAUGAGGAGGAGGGCAGCUCCCCUGCAGCGCAGCCCAGCCCCAAGAGAGGGCAUAGCCGAGGGAGGAGAGCUAAAGGACGCAGGCCCAGUGCUGCAGCUGCAGCAAGCAAAAACAGAGAUGUGAAGCCCCCACUGGUGAGCUCGGAGCCUGUAGCGUCAGAGGGGGGAGCAAGAGCAGCAGAGAACAGCAGCCCACUGAGCGCUCCAGACAGCGGGCCUGUCCUGAAGAGGCACAGAGCGAGAGAGCACAAGAAGGUCUACGCUUGCCCCCGCUGCAACAAGGUCUUCCAGAACAGCAGCAACCUCAACAGACACAUCCGAUCUCAUGGUGAUAAGCUGUUCAAGUGCGAUGAAUGUGACAAGUUGUUCAGCCGUAAGGAGAGCCUGAAGCAGCACAUCUCAUACAAGCACAGCAAGAACGUGCCUGACCAAGAGUACAAGUACAAAUGCAACACGUGUGAGAAAUCUUUUCGCCUGGAAAAUGCCUUAAAGUUCCACAACUGCCGGACAGAUGACAAGACGUUCCAGUGUGAUAUCUGCUCGCGGUUCUUCUCCACCAACAGCAACCUCUCCAAGCACAAGAAGAAGCACGGCGAGAAGCUCUACUCCUGUGAAAUCUGCAACAAGAUGUUCUACCGCAAAGACGUGAUGCAGGAGCACCACAGGAGGCACGGUUUGGGACCAAAGCACAUGAAGAGAGAGGAGCUGGAGGCCAAUGGAGAAGAAGGGACCAAGUACAGGAAGGAGCCGUCACCCUGUCCCAUUUGCAGCAAGGUGUUCUCCUGCAGGAGUAACAUGAACAAGCAUCUGUUGACUCACGGCGAUAAAAAGUACACCUGUGAGAUCUGCGGCCGCAAGUUUUUCCGUGUAGACGUCCUCCGAGACCACAUUCACGUGCACUUCAAGGACAUAGCCUUAAUGGACGAGCAGGAAAGGGAAGGCUUCAUCAAGAAGAUCGGCAUCUCAGCGGACGACAGUGACGAAACAGACGAGGACGAAGACGAAGAUGACCCAGAGCACCAUAAGUACAACUGCAAGAAAUGCCAACUGUCAUUUGCAAAAGGAAAAGAGUACCUGAAGCACAUCAUGGAGCAGCACAAGGAGAAAGCCUACGGCUGCGGGAUCUGUAACCGACGCUUUGCACUUAAAGCCACUUACAACGCUCACCUGGUCAUCCACCGAGAGCAGCUGCCCGACCCUUCGGUGCAGAAGUACAUCCAUCCAUGUGAGAUUUGUGGGCGAAUCUUCAAUAGCAUUGGAAAUCUGGAAAGGCACAAGAUCAUCCACACAGGGGUGAAGAGCCACGGCUGUGAUAAAUGCGGCAAAUCAUUUGCAAGAAAGGACAUGCUGAAGGAGCAUCUCAGGGUGCACGACGACAACCGAGAGUACCUGUGCGCCGAGUGCGGGAAAGGUAUGAAGACCAAACAUGCUCUGAGGCACCACAUGAAGCUCCACAAGGGCAUCAAAGAGUACGAGUGUAAGGAGUGUAAGCGCAAGUUCGCCCAAAAGGUCAACAUGCUGAAACACUACAAGAGACACACAGGUAUAAAGGACUUCAUGUGCGAGUUGUGUGGAAAGACUUUCAGUGAGAGGACCACACUAGAGACUCACAAGCUCAUCCACACAGUGGGUAAGACGUGGACAUGUCCCACAUGCGAUAAGAAAUAUCUGACAGAGUACAUGCUGCAGAAGCACGUCCACCUGACCCACGAAAAGGUAGAGGCCCAGUCGUGUCAUCUCUGCGGGACAAAGGUGUCCACUCGCGCUUCUAUGAACCGACACCUGCGACGCAAACACCCCGAGGUGGUGUCUGUGAGAAUCGACGAGUUUGAUGAUCUUCAGGAAAAUUUGACAAUGAAUGAUUCAUCUAUCAGCAUUGUGCAGCCCUCUCUGACCAUGGAAAAAGACGGGAUGUCUCAGGAGCGGCCCAGUCGACCUUCCCGACACCCCAAGAAGAAGCAGAGAAGCUCAGCUGAGCCGGAGCUCUCCGAGUCCGAUGAAUACGUUGAUUUCGCUGAACCAAGGCACGAAGCCAUGUCAGAAUUCAACGCCGUCAUUGUCGGUGAUGAGACUGAGACGAGCUCUGCUGUACAGAGCAUCCAGCAGGUGGUGGUUCUGACCGACCCCAGUGCUCCAUCAGCCUCCUCCCCCAACAGCUCAGUGGGACUGACCAACAUCACAGUCACGCCCAUCACCAGCCACGCCCCUGCCCAGUUUACCAGCCUGCAGCCUGUCGCCGUGGGCCACCUGACAGCCAGCGACCGGCCCCUCACACUGGACAACUCCAUCCUCACGGUCACCUUUGACACAGUCAGUGGCUCCGCUAUGCUGCACAACCGGUCUGCAGAACUCAUCCCAGAGACUGUAGGUCCUGCUGGAAGCGGGACACCCCAGUCCGUCGCCCAUUUCAUCAACCUCGCCACUCUGGUCAACCCCAUGGGCCACCAGCUAGAGGCCCCGACUCUGGCGUGGAGGCCUGUACCUGCAGCUGAGGGCAGCCAGGUCACUCCAGUGGUGGAGGGUGCACAGGGGGAGAGUCAGGAGGCCCAGAGCCAGGGCCCAGAUCCAGGCCGGCCCAGCCAGAGCCAGCCAGCCACCCCUCAGCAGCAAAGCAGUUCUGCGCAACAGAUGUUCAGCUACUGAGCAGACACUAGGGGUGCAGGUCACCUCACACAGAUACUGUUACAUAGUAGAGUAGAUUUUUAACAAACUGUACAAAGUUGUGAUCACUGUCACCCAGAUGCCUCUCCAGCCCAAUGGAAGCAAAUGGUAUUGUAAUAUUUUUUUAAUACUAAAAAGGAAAACAAAUUGACAGUUAGUGAAUCUCUUUUUGAGAAAAUGAGGAAAAAAAUGUGCAUUUAGCCACAAUCACUGACGUCUGAAACCAAAGCAACUGUUGAAUAUUCUAACACCUUACCAGCCUUGGGGGAAAAAUGCAUGUUUUCGAGAUAAACCUGCUGCUUGAACAAUGAGAUGUGGAAAUGCACCAACAUGAAAAGCAGAUGAACUUUGUGACAAAUAAAGUGAAAAUACGUUGACCACAUUAUAAUAACACAUGGUAUUUGGUGUAUUCCCUAAAGCAGCUGAGUGCUGAACAGGAUUUUUGAAUGCUGUAAACUGUAAUUAUUGUCAAACUGUCUGAAAUAAAUAUUGGCAGACAUUUUUUAAAAA